CUAUAAUUGUGCGACUCAGCUUGGACGACGAUUCAGCCUUGCAAGGUCCAGGCCGCAUCUAGUCGACGAUAGUUGCAUGUCCUUGUGCCAUUGUGAGACAAGACAAGACAAGACACGUUCGCGAAAUACGCUUGCGUUGCUCAUGUCUAACGCAGGUUUGCAUGCUUUUUGGCAGAAUCCUCCCUGAGCAAUCGUAUGUUUGCGCAUCAUGUGCACAUAUGGAGUUCAUAAGGGGGACUGAGACCUACCACAGAUUGAGUUCAACCUCUAUGAUCACGAUGCAAUUACUAGCGUGUUUUUGAGCCUCAGCGUAGGGCUGUCGAUUGGCAUGAAGUGCCGUAAUGCAUGUUCUGAAGAGGCCAGGAGAUAUAUAUGCACAAGUACACUUAUGGACUGUUGGUGCUGGAAACACAUGAGACAGCCUGUGUUAUCUGUAUGUUCCAGGAACACCAUCAAUCAGCUCGCUGCGGAUACCAGUAAACGCAACUGUGGCUGGGAGGGCACAGCCAGCCAGCCUGUAAAGUGACGCCAUUGAUCAGGUCUCAUCUCGCAAAACGCCAUCGCUUCGACAGCCCUGUUAUUUGGCGUCCCACGGAUUCAAUGGUUCCGUCCACCAACACGGACCGCGUGCAGCCUCAGAGAGAGUCAAGAUGGGCUGGAUGUACGGAGUAUACAUAGGAAGCACCACCAUCGGAAGAGGGAACAAUCAUGGGCUCAAAUCAACCACCUGGAUUCUGGCUUAUGUAUCACGUUACCAAGACUUGAGUCGAGGAGGCAAACACUUCAGCUCAAACCGGCAUGGGCAUCCAAUGUCAUGCCAUUCAGCCGAGAAUAGGACCGUUGGACAAUCUUCAUCUUCGGGUAGCGAGCGCUCCUGUCACAGAAAUGCCUCGUUUGAACUCUGAACAGCCUAUCCGUUCCGGGACGGGAGAAGAUCGCAAGCUUGACUCCUGAGCCCAUGGGUAACUCGGCAAUCAUUCAUGCGAGCAACCCAUGCGAUUGAUGCAAGCUGAAAUUGGGAGUUGAAUCCUCCCGGCAUGGUACAUGGAUGAUACUGCAGAGCCUAGCAAGUGCAUGAGAGUCGAGAAAGUUUAGGUGAGCUGCGGCCUGCAGAAAUCACAAGUUAGAGAGCCACUGCUCCCUGUCGAACCAACCACAAGAAACCUCGGACCGCCAAGGCCAGGCUGGAUAGGAAGCUGCUAAUUCGAUAAGCGUCAAUAAAACAUCAGGCAAAAGCUCUAAUGUGCGGGGGAUGGCCAACCGAAGCGCGCCGCUCCACACCCCAGACAGUUGGGAACUGGGGAAAUGCUGCCUUUUAGCCCGAGCAAGCGUGAAGAAUGAAGGAUGAAGGAUGGGGAUGGCCGUAUAUAGAAAGUCACCGCUGCCGCCAUUGCAGGCAAAGUUUGCCGUUUAUUACUUGUUUGCUUCACUGCUUGUCCGACCUGAAACUUCUGUGCUGCACAUGCACAGUACAGGAUAUGCAGUUUGCCCUCUUUCCUCGAUCUCGAAACAGACCAAUCCACUUAUGCUCGAUCUCGACGCAACUAUCCGAAUUGCUGUUUGGUGAGAGUUUAUCAACUAUACCGACUCAGGGAACUGUACGCGUCCCUGCGGCGCUACCCGUCACCUUUUGAUAAGGGAAACCGGUUAUCACAUCACAUCGCAGGGACUGUACUGUUUGUUGCCAGCCAGCGAACGCCAUCAUAAGAAAGCUGGUUGCUCCAGCGGAUCCAAGGUCGCGCCAGCACAGACGCCUUAUCCACCAGACUUGAGCAUAAAAACCAUCGACGGCAUAGAGAUAAUGACGUUGGCUUCAGCUUGUUAGGCAGUCAGUCAGGCACAAACAAUCACGAAACCAACCAGCUUAUGAAAGGUCCACGCACGACCAACAACGUUUGAUAUCACGGUUGCAAACGGUUUCGGCACUCGAUAUUCGCAUCCAUCCGCAUCCGCAUCCGCAUCCACAUUUGCUUCCCACCCAUCACGUUUGCGCGAAUUACGGAUACAUACUGGUAGUAUCUUCAGCGUAACGCUGGCCGAUGAACGAACCCUGCUCUUCGAUUUAGGCGACACCUCUGAUCAGACAAGCGUCAACAAAAGGGCCAAGGAACCAAAGGCCUCCUGCUACUGUUGCUUUAACUGCCCCUGCAUGGUCCGGGACGCAAUCCGGCAACCACCCGGACUUGAUAACCCAGUUCCGCGGGCCAGAGAAGGGUUCUAGAAGGGCCAAAGGUGCUACCGACCGGGGGCCAGGAGAUUUGCUGUAGGUACCGUUUGGCCUACCAUCGCGGGUCGUUGGACUGUUUGUGUGUGGUUCAGUUCAGUUCGUCAGUUGAUGAGCAGCAGCCAGCCCAAGUGUGUUCGCUAGCGGCGGUGGAACUGGAACACGCCCGGGCAGUUAUUUUACCUAGUGGCACCCCUGUUUAGACCACUCAGCACCCCUUACCCUUCCCCAUUUCACCAAAGCUAUCCACCGGAAAGCUUGCGCCAAAGAGUAUAGUAUAGCGGCAUAGGUAGCCAACAAUGUCGGAAUGGAGCGGAUUUUACUACGCUUCUGCCAACCCCUUACCCACCUUUGCUCGCCGCGCAAAGGCUGCUGCUGAAAAGGAGCGGCAGCGCUCUGAAACUCCUCCUCGAUCCAAUUCGGAUUCACACGACAUUGCCCCAAACUCCAGCCGCGCAAGACGUCCUUUUCGCCAUACGAGGACGUCUAGUGGGAGUCAGGGUAGUCGUUCCUCGCACGACUCGUCGCUUGUGCAUUCCACAACCAGCCCCAAUACCAAAAACGGCCCCGCCCUGCCAGAGGACGACUCUCAUUACUCAAAACUGUUAUCAUCUGACUCGCGCCAACAAUCUCCGAAGCCAGUGACGGCCACGGCUGCGACCUCCUCGACCUCCAACAAACAUCUACCUACCAAGAGUCUCACCAGCGGAGGUGCAUCGCCGUUACACUCGCCCGUUGUCUUCAAUCGGCCUGUGAUCGUCGACAAGACUCGACAGCGCGAUCCUCGUCGUCAAUCUUCCGCUGCGACCCCAACAACCUCAGUUGAUCUGAAAAAUGUCACCAUGUACUCUCAGUUGGAUGCAGGCAACAAACUCAUGUCAGGGACGACGAAGCAGGUAAACCUCGGCUUUCCUCGAACAGACUCGGUCUCCUCUACAAGUGGCAACACAACCGUCUCGACACAAACCAUGACCUCGACAGACCACUCCAACUCUGACCCCGCGACAAAGCCCUUCAUCGUUAAAAAUGGCCGCACCUACUACAAUGACCCUACGGCAGCGUACCCUCUUCCCACCGACCUUGCUGAGCUCCAUCGCCAGAGCCUGCGGACGCUCUUGAUGAUCCAGGUAUAUGGCGCACCCGUCUACACACCAUUCAUCCGAAACAAUCCCCCGCAGCGGGUGUUGGAGGUCGGAUGUGGCACAGGAUUUUGGAGUAUGAUGUGCCACAGAUACUACAAGGAGCGAGGCCACAAUGGUAUUCACUUCACUGGCAUCGAUAUCGCCCCCCUGGCCCCUGGCAGUCCUGGAUCACCCGCCGAGCUGUGCAAGCCAGACAAGGACAUGAAAUGGAGAUUUGUUCAGCACGAUCUUCGAAAUAUUCCAUGGCCCUUUGCUGACGAAGAGUUUGAUCUGAUCAUGGUCAAGGAUACGUGCCUGAUGGUUCCGAGUCAUGUUUACCAACUUUUUGUGGAGGAGUAUCUUCGCUUGCUCAAGCCUGGAGGAGUGAUGGAGAUCUGGGAUAGUGAUCCAACUUUCCGCAUGCUGCGACCUCAUGUUCCAAGCGCAAUGCCUGGAUCAGAAGAAGCAGAAGAACACGAGGCUGCUCUUGAUCUAGGUGCCUAUCUCAUGACUUCCAAAACACCCCUUUCCGCACCAUUGAACUCUUUCUUGGUUGAGUACAACACUUGGCUGUCAAGGACUCUGGAGGGACGACAGCUCUCGCCUGUACCGUGCUCUCUCAUAGGGGCCUUCCUCCAUGCCGAAGCAGAGGUACUUAUGGAGAUCAAGACAAAACGUCUAGCCAUCCCUUUGAGCGAGGUCCGAUGGGAGCGCGAAGGCGUCGGCGGUGUUGUUACUAAGGAUGGCAAGUCGUACGUGGAGAUGAAGGCCAAGUCAACACCGCACCAGAAGGUCGAAAAGAAGACCUUGACACCGGGACAGUCUGCGCUUCGCAAGACAGCGCUUUUGACAGUUGCACAACAAGUGUCGGCACUGGAGCCUAUCAUCAGAGAAGCGAGCGGCAAGAGCCAGGAUGAGUGGGAUGCGUGGGUAGCUAAGAUGAUGGCGGAUCUGAUGAGCGAGAGCGGGACAAGCUGGGGAGAAUGCUUGGAGUUGGGAGUGUGGUCGUCAAGAAAGAGACCACGCAAGGAGUAAGCUCUGGGAGUCGCUGUGGUCAUUGUACCGCAAAAGCAAAGAUGAUCUUCCCACGUGGAUUAUGACGAAUGGCUCAACAUCCAUGUCUCACGAUAGAUGCAAGACUGGAAUGCUUCCCUGACACAAUAACUACACACACCCUGGACCUCAACGUCCCAAAGAACCUCGAUCAGCAUCUGCUAUAUGCACAACAUACCCCCCUUUCCCCUUUACGCGUUGGCGUCAUAUCGUUUUCUCAAUGUGCGAUACCUUUUCAAGUAGUACCUAUACCCCAUAUGAUUAGUAAAAAGCAGGUUGACGGAUAAUGGUUGGGAUAUCAGGAUAAUGUAGCUUUUAGGAUAAAUGAACUUAUUGGCAUGGACUGGAGUGUUUGCGAAUGGUGAAUUGUGAUGUAAUGGGAUGCUUGCAUCGAAAAGUGAUAUUUGCCGAUAGACAGGGAUACUUGUGGCAUAAAUAUAACCAGCAAUCAUAUUCGAAUGAGUUGCA